AUGCCAAUUUGGAUGCAAAACGUUGAGACACUGCCCUUGCGACUGGUCGUGGGUAGAGCUGCCUGGUGGAUACCCCAUCCAGGAGCAAAACCACCGCAAUGCCAUUGCAAAUCCACUCGACACGCACCUGUGACUGUGACUGUGACUCUGACGAACACGGUCAUGGCCGCCGCGACAUCAGCGGAGGAUACGCGAAAAUUGCCAUUUGCUGCCGCUUUAAAGGAUUUCCUGGAGAACCUGUCCUUUCAUUGUUAUGGCAAAUUAGUCGAGCACGGACGUCGCAUUCAGGAGCGCUUCUUCUGGCUCAUUUUCCACAUAACUGCUCUGAGCGUUCUAAUUGCAUUCCUCUGGGGCACCUGCAUGAACGAGAUCGAGGAGGCUCUCGUCACUACGAUGUACCAUCCGCUCUAUCCCAUCUGGAAGGUGCAGUUCCCGGCGAUAUCCGUGUGUAGCUUUAAUCGCAUAUCUGAGCGUGCUGUUUGGCGUUAUGCCCAAGAGCUGAGCAUCAAGGACCCAAAGCAGCGCGGGGUUAGCGUCUGGUAUGAACAGCUAAAGGACUUUCUGCCUUCGUUCUAUAUUCCCCAUGAGACAAGGGACAUUGACAGGGCCAUGCGAUUUCAGAGCUUUCUCGAUAGAUUCGACGUUGAGGCGAAUGAGCUCUUCUUCAAUACCAGAAGGCGCAUGCAUCUCCUUACACCCAACUGCAGCGACAUGUUUGUGUCCUGCCGAAUUGCAGGACGUACCAUCGAUUGUGUCCAGCAAUUCGAGGAGUCCCUCACCAGUCAUGGCUAUUGUUGCACCUUCAACCAUGAUGGCAGGUAUGUCAACAAGCGGGACUUUCGACAGCGUUACUUUGGACCCGAAAUGGGCCUGGUGUUGACGCUGAAGACAAUGCCCAGCGACCAUUUUUACCCAGUGAAUCCACAUAUGGGUUUUAGGCCACAUAGCUACCCGGAUCCCUUUUCCGGCGGAGUGGCCGAACGAAUGGCCAAGACGGGCGUGAACACCUUGCUGCCCGUAAGGGCAAAGAUCUUUGAAACGGUGCCCGAAGCCCGCAGGAUGAGUAAGUCGGUGCGCAAGUGUCUCUUUGAGGACGAAAUGCCGUGGAUCUUUACCCGUCGCUAUACCUUCAGCAAGUGCAUCUCCGCCUGCCGGGCACGCAGCGUUGUCAGCCUGUGCGAGUGCGUUCCCUUCACACUGCCCCAUCGGUACAUCGAUGGGAUUGAGAAGCGGCUCUACUGCACUCUACAGCAUAACGAGUGCCUCAAGCGUUACGAAUUUAAAUGGUUAAAUGUCAUCACCAGUCGCGAGAAUGUCACUGGCCUGGAGCACGAGAUGCAGGAUGCCCUCUACUGUCCGCAGUGUCUGGCCUCCUGCACGGAGACGCGCUACAGUGUGCGCGGUGCCAUGACUCUGGCCCUCCCAGGCACAUCGAAGAGCCCACCGCGAAGCAGCCUUGGACCUACUGCCAAUAACAGUUACGGCAAUGCCAACUCCAACUCAUCCUCACAGACGGAGCUGGCUGUGGUUCGUAUUUAUUUUGCCGAAACGCACAUUCAAUACUUUCGCCAGAUUAUUAAGAGUGCCUGGUACGAGACCUUCAGUACAAUUGGCAACAUCUGCGGCAUUAUAGCGGGCUUCUCAUUGAUUGGCAUCUGCGAGCUGUUGUUUUUUCUAGCCAAACAAUUAUGGCAAGCCUGCAAAGCGGAACUGAGGGCAGAACUCGCACACAUCCAAUUCCGGAAGGAGCACCAGCACCCCACUAGGGGUACAGGGCGGCAGCACCAGCCAGCAGCAACAGCAGGAGCAGCCGGGGAACAGGAGCGACCAAUGGAGUUGUUUAUACUGCCGUAAUUGAGCGCAAUGCAUCGUUAAUUUUAAAGCUCAGUGAUUUUUAUGCACAUCCUUUUGUAUACUCCAUUGAUCGACUUCCAGCUGGAUGGGAAU